GCAUGGACGAAGUCUGUUUGAAAUGCCCAUUUCCAUUUGAUAGCUUUUACAGAGAGAGAGAGAGAGAGAGAGAGAGAGAGAGGAGUGGAGAUGGAAGGGGAAGAUAAGGGGGUUGUGUGUGUAACAGGUGGCACAGGGUACGUUGCAUCAUGGCUGAUCAUGAGGCUGCUCCGCCAUGGCUAUACAGUUAGGGCUACCAUCAGAUCUUACUCUGACAGUCAUAGAGACAUCAGCUACCUAACAAACCUACCAGGAGGGUCAGAGAGGCUCCAAAUCGUCAGUGCAGAUCUCAACCGGCCAGAGACUUUUGAUGGAGUUGUCAGAGGAUGCACUGGAGUCUUUCAUGUUGCUCACCCUGUUGGCUUUGAAGAGAGAGUACCUGAACAAGUCACGAAUGAGAGAGCAAUCACCGCAACCAUAGGCCUUCUACGGGCCUGCCUCAACUCGAAGACAGUGAAGCGAGUCGUGUACACCUCAAGUGCUUUCACUGUGUUGUACAGUGACAAGAUCUCGGGCAUAAUUGAUGAGAGUAAUUGGACAGAUGUAGACUUUGUUAGAGCUCAAAAUCCUUUUGGAGCUGCAUACAUAAUUUCCAAGACAUUAGCUGAAAAGGCAGCCCUGGACUUCGCUGCAGCUCAUGGUUUAGACCUUGUAUCGUUGGUUCCUCCCAUGAUCAUUGGCCCCUAUCUCUGUCCCCGUAUGCCCGGUUCGCUAUAUACUGCACUGGCUAUGAUUUUUGGCGAUGAGAAACAGUACGCGCAUCUCUCUAAAACUUCAAUGGUACAUGUGGACGAUGUAGCAAGUGCACAUAUCUUCCUUCUUGAGCAUCCCGAUGCAAAAGGGAGGUACAUUUGUUCCUCCCUCGAAGUGACGAUUCAUAUGGUAUCUGAGUUUCUGUCAACUAAAUACCCCGAGUAUUCGAUACCUAAGCCUGACUCUUUGAAGGGAAUUGAAGAAUCCAAGCAUCCUGGCCUCUCAUCAAAGAAGCUAUUGGAUUCUGGUUUCAAGUUCAAGUAUGGCUUUGAAGAAAUGUUUGAUGGUGCAAUUCAAUGCUGCAAAGAGAAGGGUUUUAUUUAGCAUUUCAAUGUGUUUUUGCAGUCUUCAAUGUGUAAGAAUGAUUCUCUAUUUGUAAGAAUUUAUUAUUUAUCCAUGUAGUUUGCUAAUUAGGUAUUGCUAUACAAACAAAAUCAAUCGAAGUUUGCCUUAAUGAU